UUUUUAAAUAACAAAAAAGUAUAUUACAAAAUAAAAUUUUAAAAAAUUUAACAAUGCCGUCUUGCACAGAACCAAAAAAAAAUUCAAUGUUUCUCAUGAAAUUAUAAAUAUUUUGGAUAUCUCUUUCGAUAAUUGUCAAAAUAACACCAGAUUCGAAAAUGAAUUUUUCAGGAAGAACAAUUAUUCAGUCAUUGAGACUAAAUACUUUGAGAAAAUCAUGUAUUUUUCGAUUUUCCGAACUAUUGAGGAAAAAUAAUACACGAACAUUUGUUUCACCAUCUAAAAAUGGAUUUAAAACAAAAAAAAAAUUGAAAGAUAAUGUGUCAUCUAAGGCUUAUUUAAUAUAUAAUAAUUCUUUUUCGGCGACAAUUGAAUUUGGUUUUCAUUUAAAAAGAAUAAUGUUUGUUAUCAUUUCAAUGCACUUUAUUUACUGUGUUAAACUUUACUUCGAAGGUAAUCUUAAAUUUCCUAUGAUGUUUGGAAAAGAGAUUUUCAUAAGAAGAGAAACAGAUUUGAUUUUAGGAUAUUCUGUAGCAUAUUUUAUUAUACUGUCUAUAAUUUUUCUAUGUAAAUGGACAGUUUUACGAAUUUAUUUCGAUCCCACAGAAAAAGUUUUCAAAACUGUAGUUGUUGGUAGUCUACCAUAUUUAAGAAGGAUUAUUAAUAUUAAACCAAAUAGUGUCUCUAUUAAAACUAGAAGUUAUCUUACAAAAGAACAUCGAACAUUUGAAUAUACAGUGGAUGGUAGGAGAUUAUUAAUGUUUGACGAUUAUUUUAAAACGCCAUCCGAUUUAUAUAGAAUGUUAAAAUAUAUUCCUUAAAGGAAUUUUUAUUUUAAUAAAUUAAUAUUAUGUAUAAUUGCUGUUUUAUAAAUUUGCCUUGACCAAAAAAAAAAAAGGUAUUUAUUACUUUUUUUUUAUAAUAGAAGUUCGUAUAGUGCUGAUUUUUGGAUAGAACUAAGAAAAAUAUAUUGUCUAUUGUAGAAUAUAUUUAUUUCUACUAACUGAAUAUAAAAGGAAAGAAAAUGCUCCUUUUAACUAAAGAAGAAGAAGAAGAAAUGAACAUAAAGCAAAAGCGAAAAAUAUGCACUGCAUCAGACUCUGAGAUUCAAAGUGAUUCAAAGUUCUUUGCCUCUGGAUCCUCAUGCAUGGGAGUAAAUGAGAAGGAAACAUUAAGAUCUUGGAUAAGGGUCUUUAUCCAGGCGAGAGUCGCUUUGUAGUUUCCCCUUUCCGUUUUUGCGCAAUGAACAAUAUUGGACUUGAGUGAACCAUGCGCAUCAAGAUCGACUUGAAACCCUGUUGCGACACCUGCCACCGUCGCAACGACGUCGAGACGCCCCAGUCGAAUUAUCUCUUUGCUUCCAAAAGCUCUUCCUAAUUUUUUUUUCUCUCUUUCUCUCUUUCUAUAAUACAAAAUGCAUCGCAAUCAACGAAAUGGAUCAUUAAACAAUGAUCGUGACAGUGUCAAAAAUGACCUGGAUUUUCCGUGACCUUCGCAAAUUCAAAUAUAUAGUGUUCUUUUGUAAGAAAAAAAAAAAAAAAAAAUUAGCGUUUAUGUAGUCAAGUCUCGGUCAUUGGUCGGGGUGACUCCCGUUCCUUAUCAUCUAUUGUCACUCAUUUUAAUUAUAAGGAAACAACAGUUAAAAUAAAUAAUUCAAAGAUACGAAAAAAUGGCCUGUUCGCCAACAAGUAUUGAAAGUCAAAUAGACAGCUUCCUAGAACAAUUCAAACGUAGUGCUUCCCGCGCGAUGGAGGAGACUCAUCAUCUUCAUCAUCAUCAUCAUCAUCAACAACAUCAUCUCCAACGGUCCAGCAUCUAUAAUGCCAGCAGUAUCAGUAGAAGUCGCAGUGGUAACCUCGAUCUUGAAGUUUUGGAAGUUGAAGAUGUUGAGAGUAUGACCGGUGAGAUAGAAAAUGGGGAUCUAGCUGUUAGAGACGUUGCAGACAUCCUCCAACCGCAAUAUGCUAUCAUUACUGGUGGCAAAACGAGAGAGGGAUGUCCAUUAGUCACGUUUCCCGAUCAUGGCAAUUUUCACAAUCUCUCAGACUUGGACUAUCAACGUCUCAUGCUAUAUCUCACAUCAGUACCAACUUUACAAGAGGCUGAUUUAGGAUUUCAUCUGAUAAUCGAUCGUAGAAACGACAAAUGGAAUUCUGUAAAAACGGUCCUUUUAAAAAUUUCCGCAUUCUUUCCUGGAUUAGUGCAUGUCGCUUAUGUUUUGCGACCAGCGGGUUUUCUUCAAAAAGCAAUUUCAGAAGUAUCGAAUAAAUUAUUUCGAGAAGAUUUUAAAUUUCGAGUAAUAGUUUUGGCCAAUAUCGUUGAACUUUAUGACUUUGUGGAUAAAGAUCAAUUAACAGAAGAACUUGGAGGCGAUUUACCCUAUUGUCAUCACACAUGGAUUCAAAAUCGAAUUAAUUUAGAGAAAUUUUCCUCAAUGACACAAGAUGUCUCUUUGGCACUUGAUUCAUUCACUCGUCGAUUGGCUGAAAUUGAAUUUCCCAACAAUACAAUUGCAACUACUACAUUAUUAAAUCAACAACAAAUAGAAUAUAAUGAAUUAAAGGAAGAAAUUGUAGCGGCUGCACGACAUGGAGAAGCAUUACUCGAUAGUAUUCGUCAACUAACUGGAAAAGGAACCGUUGAUCGAUUAGGAAAUGUAGCUGCGAUUGAGAGGUUAUUGGUACAGUUGGAAGAAACUGAAAGGACUUUUGACUUAUUUUGGUCUCAUCACAGCUCGCGUUUAAGGCACUGUUUAGCUCUUCGACAAUUUGAACAAGAUUUUAGAGAAUUGCAAGCGAAUUUGGAUCAACAUUUAAAAACCAUUGAGGAAAUGACGGAGGUUGGAGAAACUCAAGCAAGAGUUGAUCAAUUACUGCGAGAUACUUCCGCUUUUCAAAGAAUAUGCAGGGGAGACAUAGAUCGAGCAGAAGAAGUUAUCACAGCUGGUCAACAAUUACUAUCUGGAAGACAUCAAUGCCCUGCAGAAGUUGUCGAACCAAAAUGUGCAGAACUUCAAAGAGUAUGCACUAUUUUGAGUCAAAGACUCGAAAGGCGACUCGUCACAUUAACAAAAUGUCGAGAACUUAUGGAAAGAAUCGAUAAGGCGAACACUUGGUGUACUAAAGGAAUAGAAUUGUUAGCAGCUCAAAAUAGUUCAACACCGGCAGAUCAAGCUCUUCAAGAACUUCAACAAUUAAUAGAAGCGGCGGAAGAAUUUCACCACCCACGAUGUAUUUUUCAGGAUUCAAUUAUGCCAGAAACUAAAGCUCUUGUCACUCAGGUUUUACAAAGAAUAGAAGAUGUAUCAAUGAUGUGCGAUAAAAGGAUAAUGGCAUUGAAACAACAAUUAAUGAAGCCAGCGAGACCAGUUCAAACUGUAACACCAGAACCAGCAAAACCCAUUCAACCAGCACCACAAAUCAUCAAACCAGGAAGAAUUUUGAAGAAAGCUAAUACAAUGCCAAAAAUGGAAAUGUGUCCAAUCGAAGGCGAAUCUUCAUCUCCAGAAAGUGAACCUCGAGAUAUUGAAGUUUUAAAACAAAAACGAGGGCACGUUUUAGCAGAACUUUUAGAAACAGAACGAAUUUAUGUAGCGGAACUUGGUUCUAUUAUUAAAGGUUACAAAAUGGAAUUGACAAACGAAGCAAUGAUUCAUUUAGUUCCUGCUCCAUUAUUUGGCAAAGCUGAUGUUCUUUUUGGAAAUUUAGAAGAAAUUUGCAUUUUUCAUGGAGAAACAUUUUUGCGUGAUUUAGAAAAUUGUAUUUCAAAUACAGAACUUGUAGCUUUAUGCUUUGUACAAAGGCGAGAGGUUUUCUUCAGGCUGUAUAGUUAUUAUUGUCAAAAUAUUCCAAGAUCAGAGAGAUUGCGUGAACAAAUUCAAAAUGAACCACAAUUUCUUGUGACUUGUCAACAAAAAUUAGGUCAUAAAUUGCCUUUGGCUGCUUAUCUUUUAAAGCCAGUGCAACGAAUUACAAAGUACCAACUUUUGUUAAAAGAUCUCUUAAAAUAUAGCGAUGAACAAUCAUGUUGCACAGAAUUGCAAGAGGCAUUGGAUUGUAUGCUUAUUGUAUUAAAAUGUGUUAAUGACAGUAUGCAUCAAACUGCAAUUACUGGAUUUGGGGGAGAUUUAAGUGCACAAGGAGAAUUAUUAUUACAAGGUUCAUUUAGUGUUUGGACUAGUAGUAAAAGAGAACGAUUACUAAGAUUAAAACCAUCUCAACGGCACAUUUUUUUGUAUGAAAAAGCUAUUAUAUUUUGUAAACACAGCAAACCUCAAGCACACGACAAAGCGACCUAUCAUUUUAAAAGAUAUUUAAAAAUGUCCCAGAUUGGCUUGACGGAAUCAGUGAAAGGUGAUGCAAGAAGAUUCGAAAUUUGGUUACAAGGACGUGCUGAGGUACACACAAUUCAAGCACCGAGUAUUGAUGCAAAACAAUCUUGGGUACGACAAAUUAAAGGAGUUUUAAUGUCACAAUUAGCGGAACUUAAAGGAAAACAAAGUUCAGCGCUUGGAAAAACAAAUCAUAAACCACUUCGACAAACAAUUUCGUGGGAUGCUCAAAGUAAUCUUUCUGGUUCUCUACGUACACUAUCUGUUGAUGGAAACAGUGUUAUUUCUCAUAUUUCCGAUGUUUCACAAUCAACGGAAGAAGAUGUGGGAUGGAGCUCGGAAAAUAGUAAUACCGACGAUGAAGAUACAUUUAGUGAAAAUCCUGGACCCGCACAGUCGAUCCGAGGCCUGUACAAGGGUGGAAGAUACGUUGCUCUGGCUGAUUAUUGUGCAGUUGGUCAAUCGGAAGUAACGAUGCGCGAAGGUGAUCACUUAGAAUUGUUAAAGGUUGGCUGUGCAGGCUGGUGGUUCGUUAAAUUAAUUGGAUCCGGAAUUGAAGGUUGGGCACCCGCAGCAUACUUGGAACCAAUCAGUCGAAAAACGUCUCGUAGUUCACAAUCUGUAAAUAGUCAAGAUCCCAUAUGAAACAGGCGACUAACACACUAGGUUUAUCCUCGUGUGUUAGAUAAACUCUAUAAAUAUUAAUGCAAUCAAUCUAAAAAAAAAAUUUCAAAUUUCAUAUAAAUUUCGAUACGAAUUUCAGAAAAAUAAAAUUUUCUAAAAGAUCAUGAAAGCGAAUGAACGAAAUUUAGAAAUGAAAGAAAUAGAGAAAAAGAUCAGUGUUUUCAAACAGAUCUAAUGGACAAUUUAAAAAUUUCAUUGCAAACAUUAAAUUUUUUAAUGAUGUUUAAAAAAUGAAAUAUGGAAAAAAAUAUACAAUUUUAAUAGAUUUAAAGAAAACAAAAACAUUGAAUCGGCAUGAAAAAAAAAGAAAACAGGGAUUAAUUAAAUGUCAAAAGAAAAGAUGUCAUACAACUGCCAUAUUGAUGUACAAUGGAAGUUUGCAAAUGUCGAUUUUUUUUUCUAGAUAUUUAUAUUGGUAAGAAUUAAAGAUCAGUUUUGAUGGCCCAACCGAUUUUAUCGGAUUUACAGAACUUUUCACAAUGAUAUCGUAUCCGAAACACGGAUAAAUAAGUGAUUAAAAUAACUGAAUAGUUGUUUAAGUAGUUAAAUGCAAAUAAAUAGUUUUUUUCCUUGAAAGUGGAAUAAUUUUUUAAAGCAUAAAAUGCUCGCAUUUAAUGUUAUAUAUAUAUAGUCACAAAGUGAAACGAGCAUGCCCAAUUGAGCAAUUUUUUGUUUCAAGUAAAACACUUUUACCUGAACCAUACCAAAUAUUUGGCACUUAUUUGUAUAUAUAGUUAAACUUAAAAAGCACCCAGUGCAUGGGAGUUUUAUUACAAUGUUAAGAAGAACAAAAAAAAAAAAAGAAAAAAAAAAAGAGAAACAACAAUUUUCUGAGUACCAAAUCUACUAGUGCCGGUAUCCAUAGGUCAUGAAGACCAUAAGUUGCUAGAAUUUUGUUAAAUAUUAAGAAAUCUAUCACGGAACAUAAUAUUGAUUAGUACCGAGAUAUGUGCAAUAAUUUUAGAGAAUAUUGAAAUAUCAAAAGAAAAAACAAAAAAAAAGAACUUGUACUUAGGACCAACUUGAAUUGAAGCAAAAGAUGCAAAAGUAUGUGAUAUAUUUAAUGGUGAGAAAAAUAUUUAAGAAUGAUGAUAAUUUGGACAAGAUUACUUUUGCAGAUUUUGUUAAAUUCAAGUAAAAAUAAUAUUCCAUUUUAUACUUGAUCGUAUUGACACUAGAAGGAUAGUAAUGUACUAUUUUAUUAUUAUUCUAAACAUUUUAAAAUGUUUUUAAUUUCUUUUAGAUUUUUCAAAGUUUUGAAAGUUAUAAAAAAAAUUUACAAAUUUAAGUUUCCUAAACUUUAAAAUCCUUUAGUUAAACUAACUAAUUUCCCUUUAUAUGAUUAAUUUUUACCGUAAACAUAGCAAGCAUUAUUAUUAAUGCACUAAAAAAUUAUUUAGCUGAAGAAACGCGUUAUUAGUUUACUAACAUUCGAGUAGCUGUUUUUUUUCUUCUUUUUUAAAUAAAAUUCGUUUUUCUUAGCAUUUUAUGAAAUUUUAGUUAAUAAUUUACAUUUUUCAAUUAUUUUACUAACUCAAAAAUCUGUCUUGCCAAAAAAUUUUUUACAUCUUAUAACUUUUUUAAAAAAAAUUUUUUUUUUUUCAAUUUCGUAAAUAAUUUUCAAAUUGAUUGAUUCUAAAUAAAAAAUAGAAUUAAAAAGAAAUUUUAAUUUCCUGAAUUACUACUUGCGUGAAAAAAGCUGAUGUAAAGUGAUAACAUUUUUUAAAAACUCUAAUAUUUAAAUUAUCGCCCAUUUUUACACCGUCCUCUUACAAAAAGGCCUCAUCUAUUCGAGCUUUCGAUAUUAAUCGUUCUCUUUUUUUCUUUUAAGAAUAAACUAUCUUUCCAUUUAUACGUAAAGGAUAAUUAAUUUUGUGAUUUAUUAUUUAUAUAUACGUACUGCUUCGAAAUUAUAUAUUUUGAGAGUUUAAUUUAUAAAUAUUUUACAGAAUUAUUGCAUGAUUUUAUAUGUGUAAGAAUUUUUUUUAUAUAAAUCUAAAAUAUUUUUCAAACUUAAUUUAAAAAUUACGUGAAUCUGUUACUGUUUUAAAUUUGUUAAGAAUAUCAUUUAGGAUCUAUUUUUAUAAAGAAUUUCAUAUAUCAUGUUUUUUAUUUAUAAUACUAGAUAAUUUUUUUUAUUAGCAAUUAUGUUAUAAGUAUAGACAAAUUGUGAAUUUAGAAGAGAAUUACUUUUAUUGGUAAAAAUAAAAAUAUAUUUGUUUUUUAAAUUCAAGGGGAAUUUAAUUCUGUAAUAUUGUUCAAAGACAGACUAUAGAAAGGAAUACACAUUCAUAUAGACAAUAAUAUUGUCCAUUUUGAAGAUUAAUAUUCAUAUAUAAUCAUCUUUUUCAAUAAGAAUUUGCUAAUAACAAUUGUACCGAAACCGUCAUUCAUCUUCCCUCAAAAAGAUUAGGCAAAUAGAAGGUGUUUUCUGCUAAUAGACAUGUAAAAAAAAAAAUUAAAAAAUUGUUAAUCCAGUAUAGAGUCACUUUAUCUCUCGAAAAAAAUGCUAAGUAAUUCAUUUGUAAAAGAAUAAUAUUUAUUCUAAGAAUUCACAAUCUUAUAAUAAUAACGGUUCCUUGAUCGUUCCUUGAAGAAAAGAAAAAUUUAGAAUCUAUUUUUACAUAAAUAAUAAUAUGAUAAUAAUAAUUAUACAUAUAUACGCCGAAAUCGCUUCUAUUUGCAAAUUGUGAUUAAUUUUGAAAAUUUAGUGGGCACCUGUAUCACUAUCUCUCAAAACUAUAUAUAUAUAUAAAAAAAUCAUUUAUACGUUUUGAAAAAAUUUUAAGAGUCUUUGGAAUAAAAUUCGAUAAGCAAAUAUAUUGCUCAAUAUUUAAAAACAAAAAUUCUAUUUUAUCUUAAUAAAAAAAAAAAAGAAAGAUUUGUCAAAAUUGAAAUAUUUCAAGACUUCUUAUCACGCACCUUACGAACUGUUUCCCAUCACACCCCAUUCUAUGCAUAUAGUUCUGAGUAGAAUUAAAGCUGUAAUUCCAAUAUUAGAAUUGAAAAUAUAAAACUUAACAACACAACGAUAUAAGAAUUUCUCUUAAGCUUAAUCAUUGUGUACGCUUAGAAAUCUAUAUAAAAAAAAAGAUUACAGGCUCCUUUUUUGACGAAAUAAUACACAUUGUAUUAUAUCUAUUCUAAAAUAGGAAUUUAACAUUUAUAAACAUAAAACCUAGUUGAACAAUCAUAUCUAGGAUUUUUUGAAGUUUUACAAAAUUCCAUAAAAUCAUUAAAUUGAUGUUAAUUGACGAAUAUUUCAACGUUUAUAUAGUGCAGUGCAAUAAACAAACUUUUUAUUGAAUUACAAAUUGGAAAUGUUUUUAUAAAAACAACGCUUUAAAUUGCUUUAAUGCAAUUUUUAAAAAAAUUCUCAUUACACGGAAAAAAAAAAUUUAUUUGAUUCAAAUAAUCGGUUACUUAACUAUUAUCAAAUAAAUAUUUACUUGAACCAAAUAAUUUUGGAAUUAAAUAAAUAAUAAACAUGUAUUUGUAUCAAUAAUUUAUAUAUUUGAAACAAAUACCAUUUAAUUGACUCAAAUAAUAAUUAUAUUUGAUACAAAUAAAUAUUUAUUUGAUAAUAGUCAAGUAAUCGAUUAUUUGAAUCAAAUAAUUUUUUUUUCAGUGUUACUAACGAACGAUGCUAUUUAUUUUAAUAAUUUCUUUUUUAAUCAAAAAAGGUGAAGUUACAUAUAUAUAUAAUUCUUCACUCAUUGCGCAUAAGAGUUAUGAUAAAAAAGACAAAUUGAAAAAAAUAAUAAAGGAAGAAAAUAAUUUUCCAAUGUAGAAUAUAUAUAUAUAAUUAAUAAGAGGCCAGUACCGAAUAAUUUAUUGAAAAAUAGAUCAAAGAAAACGUUUAGCUUUAAAUGUCGCUAUUAUAGAAGCUGUUGCUGAUAUAUAUUAUAAGGUAUAUACCCUGAACAAUGUGACUGUUAGUUUUUAAACAUUGCACAUUUUAUGAGGUUGAAUUAAUGAAAGAUGCAAAAAGAUGAUUAGAAGACUUGAGAAAUGUAAUAGUGAACAAAAACAAAGAUAUUUUAACAAAUUCUUGAUGUCACAGGAAAAAAAAAGAAAAUCAAUAAUUUGUUAAAAUUUAUAAAUACCAGUUGAAUGAAAAAAAAAAUGGUUAAAUGAUAUUUGUAAGUUGUGUCCAAGCACUUAGAAAUAUUUUAUUAUAGAUACCCUAGUACAAAAACAAAUUGAUUUUUGAUAGACUUAUAUGAUUUAUAUAUACAGGGCUAUAUUGAUCUGUUUGUUAUUUGUCUGUAAAUAAUAAUAAACCCAG